CUUGGUAUUCCACUGCUCACUAGAUUUUCGCUUGUUUGGUAGCAACAUUCAAAGAGGAACCCCAACGCAAUCGCCCGCUCUGUGACACUCUCCGAAAUCGAAGAAGCAAAACCCUACGUGAAGCCAUGUAUGGGGGAGACGAAGUAUCUGCGAUAGUUGUAGACUUGGGUUCGCAUACAUGUAAAGCUGGUUACGCCGGUGAAGAUGCUCCUAAGGCUGUUUUUCCUUCUGUCAUUGGCUCAAUUGAUCAAAUGGAAGUUGAUGAGAAUGAUAACUCAGAGAAGAAUAGUGAGCCUAAAUCCAAAGGAAAACGUAAGUUAUAUGUAGGCUCUAGUGCAAUGGGAUAUCGCCGUGAUCAUAUGGAGGUGCUAUCAUCAAUAAAAGAUGGAAUUGUUACUGAUUGGGAUAUUGUAGAAAGCAUUUGGGAUCACGCUUUCAGAGAAUGCCUGUUGGUUGAUCCUAAAGAGCACCCAAUGCUACUUGCAGAACCUUCUUCCAACACUCAACAACAGAGAGAAAAGGCUGCAGAGCUUAUGUUUGAAAAAUACCAAGCUCCAGCAUUGUUUCUAGCAAAAAACGCUGUUCUCACAUCUUUUGCUUCAGGGCGUGCUACCUCAUUGGUUGUUGAUAGUGGUGGAGGAUCAACUAUUGUUGCCCCUGUACACGAUGGCUAUGUUCUACAGAAGGCUGUUUCAGCAUCUCCAAUUGGAGGAGAACUUCUUACUGAUUGCCUAAUGAAAAGCUUGGAAAGCAAAGGAGUUAAAAUAAGGCCUCGAUACUCUUUUAAAAGGAAGGAGGUUCGUCCAGGAGAGUUUCAGACUGUGGAUCUUGAUUUCCCUAACACAACCGAAAGCUAUAGACUUUAUUGCCAGAGGGUUAUUGCCAGUGACAUAAAGGAAUGUGUGUGUCGUGCCCCUGAUACUCCAUAUGAUGACACUUCAUAUUCCAACAUUCCCAUGACUGCAUAUGAACUUCCUGAUGGACAGACCAUAGAGAUCGGUUCUGACAGAUUUAAGACUCCUGAUGUUCUGUUUAAUCCGUCUCUGAUCAAGACUAUACCUGGAAUGGAAGGUUCUGUAGAUAUUGCUUCUUCUGCUCGUGGCUUGCCACAAAUGGUUAUAGAGAGCAUAAAUAAGUGUGAUGUCGACAUUCGAAGAGAAUUGUUCAGUAGUAUCCUUCUUGCUGGUGGCACAGCCUCAAUGCAACAACUGAAAGAACGCCUUGAAAAAGACUUGUUGGAGGAAUCUCCUCAAGCUGCUAGAGUUAAAGUAUUGGCUAGUGGCAACUCAACUGAAAGAAGGUUCAGUGUUUGGAUAGGGGGGAGCAUAUUAGCAUCUCUUGGGUCUUUUCAACAAAUGUGGUUUUCUAAAUCUGAGUAUGAAGAGCAUGGGUCUUCUUACAUUCAGAGAAAAUGUCCUUAAAUCUCUACUUUGGAGUUUGUUUGGCCAAAUUAAUUAAUACUUAAUAGACUCAAGUUGGUAAUGUAGAAGAGGACUAGAACUUUAUUUAUUUAUUAUUACAUGUUUCAUGUUUAGCAUUAUGUUGUAUAAUGAUAUGAUCCAUGGUGAUUUUAUGUAUGAAUGAAAAGUUUUGUACUUCUAUAAGUAUAUGUAGAGUCUAUGAAUAAGUUUCUGUCUUCCUCAACCUCCCACGUAUAUGUAGACUAAU